ACAAGGUUGAGAAGCGGUCAGAUUCCACGGUUUAGGGUUGGUAUAAAGUAGAGGAAAGUCGACACGGAAAGCCAGUCAAGUGACAAACGAUGGUGCCGAACGUAGGAAACUCUGCGACGAGCGAAGUAAAUUGCGGCCGUUACAAUUCCAAGUGCCGCUUUUUUUCGGCAAAUCGGAAACGUUGGCCUCUCAGCCGAUUGUGCACUUUAAUCCUUUUGGGCUGCAUUUUGGAAGUUCGAGGACAUGGGGUAGCAACUAGUCAUCAAUCUGUAGUGAGUGGAGAAGGCUGGAGAUACGGCUACGGAAUCGCCCACGGGCCUCACGGGAUAGGACAUGCCACCGGUGAAUCCUUCCCGCACGGUUAUGGCGGCUUUGGUGCGUACGCCCCCGCGUAUGGUUACGAUACGAAGCCGAUCAUCCUUCCUCCCCCGCCGCCGCCGGAGCCGGUUGUGAUCCACGUACCGCAGUACGUCGUACCGUACUACUACAACCACAUCCCGUACGGCUACCUUUACCCGUACGACCAGGGACAUGGAUACUACGGUCACGAAUUUCUCGGAGGAGGCUACUACGAUGCCCACGACGGCCACGAUUAUUAUCAUCAUCACUAAAACCGGGGCUAAAUCUGAUUUGAAAAAAUAUUUUACUAAGUCCCCCAAAACGUACCGUAGGUGAUUUUGUAAAUGAUCAUGAAUCUAUAACAUGUUUGUUAGUUAUUCAACUUUCUAAACAACUGUUAAACUUAUAGAAAAACUAGUCCUGGCCUACUCAACCUAGAUUAAUUUUUUGAAAAUCUUAUACGGUUUUGUUUACAGCGACAUCAAGCCUCAUAUAAUUAUAUUAUUUUAUUAAUAAUGUGUGAUAAACCUUUCAAAGAAAUUCACCCUUGUUUACAAUCAACUAGGAUCGUUUCACUUGUAUUAUUGUGUACUUUUAGUGAUAUAAAAUAUUUAAGCAGUAACUUAUUGACUUUGUUUUAAUUAAAAAUCUGCUUGAU